AUGUCUGCAGCCGACGUGUCCACUACCUCUUCGGCCACCGGCCAAAACGGUGCUUCGGAAGCGCCUACCCAGAACGGCACCCCUGCGAUCAACACCAACGUUGCGCAAUCCGACGCUGGCAAUGACAAUGAUGCCGCCACUCCGUACUCUGCUACUCCCAAUAAUGCAGCGCACUCCGCCUCCCUCUAUGUCGGGGAGCUGGAUCCCUCCGUCACCGAGGCGAUGCUCUUCGAGCUGUUCUCGUCCAUCGGCCAAGUCGCCUCCAUCCGUGUCUGCCGUGAUGCUGUCACUCGUCGCUCCCUCGGUUAUGCCUACGUCAACUACAACAACACCGCUGAUGGAGAAAGAGCCUUGGAAGAUUUGAACUAUACCAGCAUCAAGGGUCGCCCUUGCCGCAUCAUGUGGUCUCAGCGUGAUCCCGCGCUUCGCAAGACCGGUCAAGGCAAUGUUUUCAUCAAGAACCUGGAUGCGGCCAUCGACAACAAAGCCCUCCACGACACAUUCACUCAGUUCGGUAACAUUCUCAGCUGCAAGGUCGCCCAGGACGAGCUCGGAAACUCUAAAGGUUACGGGUUUGUCCACUAUGAAACCGCCGAGGCGGCCAAUUCAGCCAUCAAGUCCGUCAAUGGCAUGUUGUUGAACGACAAGAAGGUCUUUGUCGGUCACCACAUUGCUAAGCGCGAUCGUCAGAGCAAGCUGGAAGAAUUGAAGGCCAACUUCACCAAUGUCUACAUCAAAAACAUUGACGAGUCUGUGACUGACGAGGAAUUCACCGGGCUUUUCGAGCCCUACGGAGAUGUUGUGUCUGCAACCAUCACUCGGGAUGAGAAUGGUAAGAGCCGUGGCUUCGGUUUCGUCAACUUCGUUGAUCACGAGGCGGCAGCCAAGGCCGUCGAUGAGCUGAAUGACAAGGAGUUCCACGGCAAGAACUUGUACGUUGGACGUGCCCAGAAGAAGCACGAGCGUGAAGAAGAGCUCCGCAAGCAGUAUGAAGCUGCCCGCAUGGAGAAGGCUUCCAAGUACCAGGGCGUCAAUCUCUACAUCAAGAACCUGACCGAUGACGUCGACGACGAGAAGCUGCGCGACCUCUUCAGCGGCUAUGGUACAAUCACCUCGGCCAAGGUCAUGCGCGACGCCGUCGAGCGUACCGCUUCUCCUGCGGAUGACAAGGACAAGGAGAACAAGAAGGAAGAAACCCCCGAGGGUGAUGCAGAGCAGAAGCCCGAAUCUGAUGAGAAGGAGGAAUCCAAAGAUGAGUCCAAGGAGUCCAAGGAGACCAAGGAGACGAAGAAAGACAACAAGACCCGGACCUUGGGUAAGAGCAAGGGUUUCGGCUUUGUGUGCUUCAGCAACCCAGAUGAAGCUUCCAAGGCUGUCUCGGAAAUGAACCAGAAGAUGGUCAAUGGCAAGCCUCUCUAUGUUGCUCUCGCCCAACGCAAGGAUGUUCGCAGAAAUCAACUCGAGGCUAGUAUCCAAGCACGGAACACCCUUCGCCAACAGCAACAAGCCGCCGCCGCCGGUAUGCCUCAAGGUUACCUUCCGCCUGCCGUCUUCUAUGGCCCGGGACAGCAGUUCCUCCCACCAGGAGCCCAGCGUGGCAUGCCGUUUGCCGGUCAACCUGGUAUGGUCAUCCCUGGUAUGCAAGGCGGUCGUGGACAAUUCCCCGGUGGAUUCCCACAACAGGGUCGUGGCAUGCCUCAGGGUCAACAGCUGCCUCCCAACUUUGGACUGCCCGGACAGAUGCCGUUCAUGCAGAACCCUGCUCUUGUCAAUGGCAUGUACAAUAACCCUCAAGCAAUGGCCCAGAUGCAAGGCCAGAUGGGUCGUGGAGGUGGCGGCCGUGGUCAGAUGCAAGGGAUGCAGGGUAUGCCUCCCAACAUGCAGGGCAUGGGCGGAAUGCGUGGUGGACCAAACUUCCCACCAGGUGGCCGAGGUGGCAUGCAGAACAUCCCAGGUGGUCAAGGUGUUGGACGUAUGCCUCCUCAGGGACGAGGGCAGAUGAUCCCCAACAGAGAGGAGGUCAACGCACCAAGCAGCCUCAACAACCUGGCGACCAUGCCUCCUAGCCAACAGAAGCAGCUGCUCGGUGAGGCCAUCUACCCGAAGAUCCAGCAGAUCCAACCAGAGCUUGCAGGCAAGAUUACUGGUAUGCUUUUGGAAAUGGACAACUCUGAACUUGUGUCUUUGGUCGAUGAUGAUGCUGCCCUUCGCUCCAAGGUUGACGAGGCCCUUCGUGUCUACGAUGAUUACAUGAAGAGCCGAAGUGAAGGCGCCCCCAACGGCACAAAAGAGGAGGAAGCGCCCAAGGCCGAGACUGCUGAGGCCACCGCCGCCUAA